AUGUCAGCUGUUGGCAAAGUUCUCAUACGCCGGGGCCACGAGUUGACUUCCGCUCGGCUUGAAUAUCGCCAACAGCCUCAAAAUCCAAUCCAUGGAUGGCUAGGCUUCUCCAUUGUCGUUCUUACGGCCCUUGCAUUUGGUUUCGCAAUCUUCUGGGUGGACUACACCUGCAACCAUGUUAUUGCGACUCUGGCCGCAGUCGAAGACUCGAACCCGACUACUUAUGUUCGACUCGACUGCGAAGAUUCUAACGAUCCCUGCAACCCUAAUUAUCCCGAGGUCGCAGCUCCAUCAACCACUAAACCAAUCACUAGCGGGUUACGCUCAGCCAUCAAGCACCUACGCGCCCGUGGUGGCUUUUGGUCCUGCUUCCGUGGAUUUCGUAUGUAUCUGGCCUACACCGGGUUCGAUCUGGGCGCAGGCUAUCUACUUCCAGCUGUUGUUCCUAUCCCGACCCACUCUCUCCUGAGUUUAUUUCUCGGAAAAUUCAUCGCUAGCAUGCUCUUGGCCACCUGGCAGAUGGCGUGGGUUCAUCUGGUGAUCGCCGACCAAUCUCCUAGGAGCCGCUAUCGGCGAAUGCUCGGCCUCCAGCAUUGGCCUAGAAUUGCCCCUGCAGCUGCUCUGUACAAUGUCCUCAUGUCUGCGACUUUAUCUCUGCCUAUAGCCGCUGCAAGGCUCUCAGGCGGGACCGUGGAUGGCAUUGUUGCCAAUCCGAAGAAAAAAGAGCUUCUCAAUUUCCUGGCCAUGGGUAUUCUCCCAGCUAUCCUUUUUCUAUUGGUUUCCAUUCCCGCUAGGGGAGUAUUUACUCGUGUGGCUGCUUCUAUGCUGCCCGAGGAGGAUGACCCGAUCGUGCCCUUCGACCGGCGGUUUGGCGGCAAGGUGAAAUCCGCAAUGGUGGGUGGCAGCGGCGAGCUCAGCCUUCUGGAUGCCUGGACUAGCUUUGAUUGGGCUGCUCGCAUUCGUUACGUUAAAAUUAUCCUGAAGGCUCUUGUUAUUGAGGUUGCUCUGGGUGUAGUUGGGGGCCUAUUAGUAAUGGGCGAGUUGGAAUUGGUGACCCCUUCUCGGCAUACCUAG